AUGGCUGGGGAGCUUAUAUCAGAUGACCCCCAGGCCAGGGAUGCAUUAUCAAGAAUCGCACAGGCAGCGGAGAGGGUGGCAAAGGCGCAGAAGGCAAAAGCAGACCUGGACAAGGCACUGGAACAAGGGUCAGUCAUGGGAAGUGCUGACACGGAGUCCAAACAGGAAUGGGUACAGGCAGAAUUGAAAACUGUUGAUGCUGAAGCAUGGAAGGCACAGGAGCUCAUGAGAGUUGCUCAAGAGGAGUUGGCGGCAGCGGAAGGGGACAAGAAACAAUACCGUGAACUCGCUUCUCAA